AUGAUGAUCCAGGUGAAGAAAAUGGAAGGAGUAGCAAGCAAUUUGCAAGGUGUAAUCAGGAGAAAACUGAUCAUAAAGAAUAAAGCAGGGAAGGAUAUGAAAAUGCAUUGCUUUGUCCAGGCAGGAAUCCUAAUUUUUAUGUCGAAUCAAGGGAUGGGCAAGAAUAUCAGGAAAGUUGUUGACCUCAAAAAAUAUGGAGCCAAUGAAUUGUUGAAGAAAAUCAGGCAACAUUCUUCAUCUUAUGGAGAUCCAACUGAAAGAUUGACUCAUUAUUUCGGGGAUGCCCUGGAAGCUUGGAUGACAGGAAUGGUGGCCAUGUCUGUUACCUGUAAUUUCCCUCCUAAGCUCAAAAUCACUGGAAUUGAUCUCCCACAGCCUGGAUUUCAUUCAGUCGAGAGGAUCGAGGAGACAAGGCAUCGCUUGGCAAACUACGUGAAGCGAUUUAACCUUCCUUUUGGGUUCCACGUGAUCGCGAAGCGAUGCGAAGCCAUAACUAAGAUGAUCUGA